ACCUUGUCGACUAUCCAAUUAAUAAAUCGUUCAUUAACGUCGUCAAGUGGAGAUAGGAUGAAUACAUCAUCAUAUUUCGGAGCAGCUGCUGCUGCUGCACCAUUGUCAUUCACAACAACAACAACAGCAACAACAAGCUCUUCGAACCUCUCUAGAGGUAUACCAUUAAUAAAGGAUAAGAACGAGGAGAUGGAAGUGUGUUGUAAAUCUUCUACUAGUUGUUUGUCUUUAUCACCAACAACAUCGGCAUCGACAAGGCCGGAUUUUGUAGAGACUCUUGAAGAGCACGAGAUGAAACGAGUAUUCUUCGUGAUGGAGCGUCGAAGGCUGACUAGGUCUUUACAAGGUUAUAAACGCGAUUCAGGAUCCCUCAGGACGUGGGUGGAGAUUGUUGUGGCACUGGUUGUAUUUAUAUGGAUAUCGAAUCUAAUGAGCAAGAGCUUGAUUCUUAUCAUUUGGCCGAGCCUGUCCAACCUUACUCCCGAAGAACGAUUCGAUAGAACAUCCUUCGUUCCGGCCAUAGUCAGUUUCGUUGCGGUGGUAUGGAUGAUUAUUUGCAUUACAGCGUUUCUAAAGCCAGUCAUCCAUACUAUGGCUUUGACCACAUUCUUUUGUGGUAUAGUAUGGGGGGUAUGGGCAUAUGAUCCUGAAGACACUACAAGGUGGGAUGGCCUUUCCUCUAGAGAGACCACGAUAGUUGCUGUCAUCAUAUGCAUCGAAUUAGCCUUGUUUGUUGCCUAUUUGGUCGUACAUUUUGGGUAUCCAUUUAUGAUCGGACAUAUGCGCCCAGAUUGGUUACUUGUUCAUUGGUUUAGAAUGAGACGCGAUGAUCAAGAUUCGAACUAUUACUGUUAUAAACGGUAUGGCCCAUUCUCUAUCGCCCGGAAUAAAUGCCGAUUUACGGGUCAUGUGGAUGAGGCGGGAUUACCUAACGGACUAGGAAUGUGGAUGGAUGACUCGGCCCAUGGAGAGCUCCUUCGGGGGAUGUGGAUACGGGGUCGCCCAACAAGUCCAUUUGUAUCAAGAGAAUUUGGUAGCGGAUCGAUGUUCAUGAGUCGUAAAAUAUUCUGGGCAAGUACAAGAAAGGAGAAAGGUCUACAUGAUAAACUCUGGUUUCCUGCCCGAGAUCCACAAGGUUUACGGUGUGGUAUUGCUAAUGUCGAAGCGUCAGCCUCAGGAAGUUUCUUUUCCCAUCUACCUAAGGUCAGACAACUCGUAGGAGCCAGUUAUUAUGUAGAGGAUAUGUUGAGGAAAUAUAAGGGAGAUGAUCCUGAUUUUCGAGAGCUCAGUGCGGAAGCUCUUAAUGGUAUGGAGUCACCAGGCCUUGCACCUCAUUUGAAUAUACGAGUGGCACGUGACACCGAUAUGUGGCGUAUCAGUGAUGCCUUGAAAAGGGAUAAUAUAUCAAAAGAGUUCCUAUCGACCACUCGAAAGGAUGAUGAUGACACUAUCGAUGAUGAUAAUAAUGAUGACAGCCUUCAUCCUCAUGCACCUGCUGCACUUGAGGAGGAUGGUGUUAGACGAGUGCUGCGAUUACGACAUACGGCUACUGGUUACGCUGAAUUGGGUAAGAAGGACACUCUACGCCGUAGCUUGUCUCAAGACUGCCCACCAGUGUCACUGCCAGUACACAUUGUUGGUGGGCAACCACUCGUAGCUCAAAGCUCUCUCCCAGAGGCAUUACUAAAGGAAUUAGCAGAUCCUGCUCCUGAGGCGCUUAUCUAUUUACAUGGUUACAAUUGUAAAAUAUCAAGUGCUAUGGAAAGGCUGGGUCAGCUUAUGGCAUUGGGCCAAUUCCCUCUUUAUAUUAAACCAUUCAUAUUCUCCCAGAGUAUGGCAUUGACCUAUCAUUGGGCGAUGUGGUCUUUGCCAGUAUUUGCUGGUGACUUGUCUGAUAUCGUUUUGAGCUCCGAAAGGCAGGCUUCCUACGGGUCCAUUUCCUUGUUCAUUCGAUGGGAGCUAGACUUGAUGAUUAUGGUUAGGUUAUUCUGUGAGGCUUUACCAGAGAUGGAGCGUCGAUCAUUUUUACGGAUCCGAGCAAGAGUCCCGGGUACCAUAACUUGUAUACAUGAUGCUGCUUUGUCCCCAUCAUCAUCAUCAUCCUUAUCUACGCACAACGGAGGAGAACCACAAGAGAUGAUCAGUCUCCAACGGAAGCAGACUGAUUUCGGAGCACCUUUUAGCGAGGAUGAUGACUUAUGCUGCGACCUAGAGGCCGGUGGUGGGUGUGAUACUCGACGUAUGCUACUAUCUAGUGUUAUAUUCGUUAAUGCAGACUAUCCACUUGACCAUUUCAAUGAACAGAUACUACCACAACUGUUGGAGUAUUGUCAACGUGUAUCGGUAUAUGCAGAUCUUAAAGAUGGUGCCUUAAUAUGGGCUGAACUCUUUAAUAAUGAGAAGGCCUUAGGGAAACAUCCAGAAGCUAUAUCAUGUGUUGAUCCAUUGACGGGUAGAAGAUAUGGACAAGAUUAUGUGGAUGUGAUGGAUACUACACAUAUGGACCAGAAUGUUCACGAUUUGCGUCACAACUUCUUCAAUUUAAACGUACAAGUAGUAUCUGAUAUAGCUGAUAUCAUACGGACGGGUACUCCUGCCGAACAGCGAUAUACUAGGCUCACUAGAACAGGUCAUGGUAAUGUGUUUACUUUCCUCAGCCCACCUAGCUUUGUAAAGAGCUGUUAGAGGAUUUAACUGUACUAGUAGUAGUUAUUGUCAUUUAUGAAAGUCUCCUUGGUAUCACCAUCAUCAUCGACUCUUAUUGUGCACUCACUUACGCUGAAAUCCGACUUAUAUCGAUCACGCGAUCGAUUUCUGUCAACGCUUUACUGGCGUUUCUCGGUACAUUGUCAUAGUUUGUCUCCAGCGUAAUAUAUUAUGUAAUAUUAUUAGGAGGGCUCUGUUGAGGGUUAUGUGAGAUCACGACGUGCUGCUCUUGCAAUAACUCAACAACAAGAACACUCAGUGUACUCAACAACAACAACUCUUAGUACUACUUACUAUGUUGUUGUUCUUUGCCUCUUUCUUCUCUAUAUGUACUGUCCGACUUUUCUAUUAGAUUCUUAUCUGUUCCUCUAUACUCUACCAGCUAUAUGAAUAUUGUCGCUGUUAAACGGGAUCUGCCGAGGGUCGAACCCACGCCCUUUCCCAAAGCCUAUCGUUUAGGGCUAUUGCCCUUUUGAUUGCCCGUCGUAACAGUUGUGAUGAUGUGUAUGAUCUGUAGUCUGUAUCUGUGUAGUCGCCACUUACUAACAUCUA